AUGAAAGAUCCGAAAGAUCCCAAGCCCAUUGUACAAAGGCGAAGCAUCCAGCGGAACCCGGGGCAGGAUACAUCCGAUACUCUUUUGUCAAGAUGGACUCGUGUAGCGGUUGAUAGCAACUAUGGCCCAUUCGGUCAAUCUACUUCCUCGAUCGAAGAGACAGUCCUUGAGGAUGUAUCUGAAAGCAAUGGAAAUGCUCCUCAAGACGCAGCCUUGAUCACUGAGCCAAAUUUCGACGAGCAAGGGGCCUCGCCAGAAAAGCCAGCUGAGAACCAUGAGCACCCUGUGAUAACAACGACGACACCCCCAUCUGCGAGCACCUCUAUGACGAAUAUUUCGUUUGCCGUGGUUCAAUGCCUCAAAGAUUUGAGUCGGCUUGUUUCCGAAGACUUGUCAUCGUUCGCGUCUGAAGUCCCGCCAGCGCUGUGGAAAGAUGAGCUUGGUCGUUUGCGGGUUUGGGCUGCCAAUAUUGGGGCGCACCAAACCGGCCAAUCGUCGCUGGAUCAUCGACUGCGGGAUGCAUCGCAUAUUAAAGAGCAGACACUUCGCGUCCUUCAGCGGCUGCAACGAACCAUCGAAGAUAUCAAUGAUAUUUUGCAUCACUCAUCCGGAGAUGACGAUUUCUCGGAUCUAAGCGGGGAUGAAGAUGAUGAUGAUGAUUACCAAACAGAAAUGCAGUCUAUUUAUCAUGCUCUACGAGAUACUAUCAACAACCUGUUCCAAAUGUCAAUGCUCAUCCGGCAGCCAGCUCAACAUGAUCGCCUUCUCGGCACUAAAAGAUCUGAUGCAGUCUUUUAUGAGCAGUUUGACAUACGUCAUGUCUCAGACAAAUACCCCCAAGCAGGGGAGGAUAUCUCGAAACGCCUUGGGCUGGCGAUUUCCCAACGUCGAGCCGUUAUGCAGUAUCGUGAGCGUCAUCGUACCAAGCUCGGCCAGGGUCUCAAUCAGGUUAUUGAGGAUCAGACAGACGGACAAUCAGCCAAACUAUCAGACACAGUUGCAACUGAGUUUGUAGAAGUUGCACCAGCCGUAAAAGAAACCUUAGAAUUGCUAACUGUCGCCUCACAAACAUCUUACGCUCAAACCAUAUUGAACGGGGCGGAAGGGGCGGUCCUCCCGUCUCCCCCGAAAGACUCGGCUGAUGGAGCUCCAUUUGAAUGUCCCUAUUGUUUCGUGAUCAUCACCAUCCCAAACCGGAGGACCUGGGCUCGCCAUGUCUUCAAUGACUUAAUGCCAUAUCUGUGCAUCUUCCCUAGCUGCCCGACACCCCAUCGAUUGUAUGAAAGUCGCCGGGAGUGGUUUUCUCAUUUGCAGAGCCAGCAUUCCAUAUCUAAAACACCAAAUAUACCUGUGGACUGUCCACUCUGUCUAUAUUCGCUUCCAUCUGGGAAGCAGUUUGAAAGACACGUGGGUCGGCAUCUGGAAGAGCUAUCGCUCUUUGCGUUGCCGCGAUCCGAAGAAGACGACGACGAAGGUGCAAUUUCUUCUGAUGAGGAUUCUGAUAAGUCACACGAUCCAGUCAAUGAGGGGCGAUGUCCCCAAUGUGAUCUAGUCUUCGUCGACCUACGAGCCCACACCAUGACGCACAACGAAACUGAGCGUCUAGAAAAGUGCCCUAUUGUAACGUGCGGAUACCAUGCCAAGGGGUUCACUCGCAGAUAUGAUAGGAAUCGCCACAUACUGACACACUACAAGGGCGUCAUGGUUUGUCACUUUUGUCCAGGCGCUGGGACACCAAAAGAAAAGAGCUUCACUCGGGUGGAUGUGUUCAAGCGUCACCUUAUCACCGUCCAUGGGGUGAUGCAGCUACAACCAAACCAGCUUGAUCAAAGCCCGAUUUCCUCCAUCAAAACAGAUAUGGACCACACUAGCGAUUCUACUGGAAAUUGCUCUAUCUGCAAUGAACCCUUCGAGGACGCCCAGGACUUCUAUAAGCACAUCGACAACUGUGUAAUGCUCAAUGUGAUGCAAGGAUCCUCCGAGCCUGUCAACAACAUGCGUCUCCCUGAAGUUAGCGAAGAUGAGGAAACGGUUGAUGACCGCCGCGACUCUAGCAGUUCUGUCCGCAGCCAGAAUGAGGAGAAGCCUUACCUGCGCACAGGGAAGACCCGUCUCCCUCGUCACCUUGCUCAUAUGCAUGCCAUCAUGGAUCUAGGGUAUCCGUUCAAGGAAGAGGACGAUAUGAUCGUCAUUCAAAAGCCAUUAUCAAAGGCCCAGAUCGACGAAGUGAUGAGCCUAAGCCGCGAGUUUAAGCAGCCUUCGCCCGCGGGAGACUCCCAGUCUACCAAAAAGAACAACUUGUCUGGGGCGGAUCUUGGGAUACCCGAGCCAGCAGUUGGCCGGGACGAUGCACUCAACUUUGGGCCCGGCUCGUCAAAAGAUCUUUCCCAAAUCAACGAGGAUGUUGUCGCUUAUGACCCGGACUCUCUUUGGAAGGAUCACCCGGAUGAGAGUGAACCCCAUGAGAAUGAGCUCAAACCCGAUAUCAUCUAUAUUCAUUACCGUGGAGACAAAUAUUCGCUCCACUUCCGCGCAUAUGCCAUUGAGGACGGCGUGCUCACUGUUGGCGCGCUACGGAUGGAAGCUGCGAGGAAAGUCGGAGCCCCUCUUCCGAACCUCGCUAAUUUACUAUAUAAUGGAGUCAUGCUAAGAGAUGACAAUCAAGCGUGCAAAAAAGCUGGGAUCAAACAAAACUCGGAAGUGAUAUGUGUCGUUUCCGAAACAAAGUCCGGUACACUGAGCGACUCUUUCGACAAUGCCGACGAUGAAAGAGCUCAUGCAAGCAACCUGCCUCGAGCACGAUCCAAAGUGAAUGUCAAUAAGAAUGACAAGCAGACUAUACAUAAUCCUCCUCUUCGCCCUAAACCCCCAUCAUCGCCCAGUUUACCUGGAAACAUACCUUCGCCUCCGCCGAAUCUUAAACUACUGCAUACACCGAUGGAGCAAGUGACUGCCUUGGCUGAGUGGUUUGAGCAUGUUCUCAUUCCGAUUUGUGAAGAAUUCAUUGCACACCCGCCAGACGAUCCCAAGAAGCGGGAAUACACACAUAGGAAGCUGAGCGAGACCAUUCUUGCUCAAGUGAUGUUGAAGGUAGAUGGAAUUGAUCCAGACGGGGAUGAUACUGCACGCAGUGCGCGCAGGGCCCUCGUCAGACAAGCGCAACAUGUUCUGAACCGACUAGAUUCAGUUGCAGGAGUAUAG